GAUGUAACAAAUCGCAACAAAAUGGUUGUCCUCUGUAUCCAAAUAACUUCGCAAAUUGUUGUUUUUUGAUAUUAGGAAUCUUCUAAAGAGUUUAUUUCAAGGCAGACAGGACCAGCGUGUGGUUUCAAUGAAGAGGGGUGGAAUGGAGGUUGGGCUCCGAUGUGUGCGUGGUCCAGACUGGAAGUGGAGUUACCAAGACGACGGAGAAGGACAUGUUGGAACAGUGGUAGAGAUUGGGAAACCGGGCAGCACAACCUCUCCUGAUAAAACUGUAGUGGUGCAGUGGGAUUCAGGAUCAAGGACGAACUACAGAGUUGGUUACCAAGGGUCUUAUGACCUGAGGAUUUUUGAUAAUGCUCCUAUUGGUGUUCGCCACCAAAAUAUUGUCUGUGAUGCAUGCAAGAAGCAGGAUGUAAUGGGAAUGAGGUGGACGUGUCUUAAAUGCAAGGAUUACGACCUCUGCUCUCAGUGCUACAUGGCUGAUAAACAUGAAACCAAUCAUUCAUUUCUCAGAAUUGAUUAUCCUGGGAUACCAGGGGUGAAGGUGCCAAAGCGUAAUGGGUCAGUAAAGAUCACAGCCAAGGGUAUAUUUACUGGUGCUAAAGUUGUCCGAGGGCCAGACUGGGAUUGGGGAAUACAGGAUGGUACAGAUGGGAAAUAUGGGAAGGUGCUCGAUAUUCGAGGCUGGGAUACAGAAUCAGGUCGAAGUGUUGCUUGCGUUGCAUGGCAGGCGGGAAUGACCAAUGUUUACCGACUCGGACACAAGGGGAAAGUGGACAUUAAAUAUAUCUCGGAUGGAGUCGGAGGGACUUACUACCGCGACCAUUUACCUGUGUUGGGAGAAUCAGUUGAACCGCCAGCGUCUAACUCCGCCCAUUGUGAAUUCAAGGUCGGCGACAAAGUGCGUGUUGACCUUGACAUCGUCAUAUUGAAGGCCAUGCAGGAAGGUCACGGGGGAUGGAAUCCGAAAAUGGCAGAUUACAUUGGUCGAGUUGGUACAGUUCAUCGGAUAACUGAAAGAGGUGACGUGCGAGUGCAGUACGAAGGAUGUGCCAACCGAUGGACAUUUCACGCCGGUGCCUUGACUAAGGUGCAGCAGUUUGCGGUUGGUGAUAUCGUGAAAAUCUCAGACAAUCUUCCCCAAGUCAAGAGUCAGCAAAAAGAUCACGGCGAAUGGACAGAUCAGAUGAAGGCUGCUCUCGGCCAGACCGGUAAAGUGUUGAAGGUGUACGCUGACGGGGAUCUUCGCGUUUCGGUGGCAUCUCAGACCUGGACGUUCAAUCCCGCCUGCUGCCAUCUUGUCUUGCAGGUGACGCAAGACGUCAACAAGAGUGGCGUCCAGAAGAGGGAGGAUGCAUCACCAAUCAGCGCAAUAUUCCAGAAGAUCAUGGAGUUACAGAAUCUCACCGGUCCAGACAUCUUGGUGCGGGAAGCUGCGCAGGGACACCUACCGAUGGUCAAGGAGAUAGUCACAAAACACCCAGAUAAGAUUGACCAGAAAAGUUCGGGUAAGACGGCGUUGCAAGUUGCUAGUCACCAAGGACACAUAGAGUUAGUCAAGAUGUUGGUGAACGCCGGGGCGAACCUCGAGUGCCAGGAUGAAGAUGGGGAUACAGCUCUACAUUAUUCUGCAUUUGGGAACCAGCCUGAAGUCACUGAACUGUUACUGUCAAAAGGCAGUCAAAUCAAUGCCUUAAACAAUGGAGGUUGUAGUACGCUCCAUGUGGCCGUCAACAAGCAACACGUCAAAUGUGUUAAAGUCUUACUCAAGCAUAAAUGUGAUGUUAAUAUUCAGGAUUCCUAUGGAGAUACUGCCUUACACGAUGCCAUCGGCAAGGACAACAAGGAAAUUGUGGAAGUGUUGGCCAAUCAUCCUGGAGUUGACUUCAGCCUGAAGAAUAAACGCGGCUUCAACUGCCUGCAUCAUGCAGCAUUGAAAGGAAAUAGCCACGCAACAGAGAAUAUUCUUGCCAAGUGUCCCCACCUAGUGGACAUCAAGAAGGAAGAUGGUUUUGGUGCUCUACACCUCGCCUCUCUCAAUGGCCAUUGUGACGUCGCCGACAUCUUGCUAGAGAAGGGGGGCGCCGACAUUGAAAUUAAGAACAAUCGACAGCAGACGCCGCUUUUGCUAUCCGCGUCCCAGGGUCAUGCGGCCAUAGUGGAGUUGCUUGUGUCCAGAGGAGCCAACAUAGCACUAGAAGACGAAGAUGGCGAUACGUGCCUCCACCUGGCGUUGAUGCGACAAAUCUUGCCAAAUGAGGGCGAGGACUCCCCAGCCGUUGCGGAGAUGAGGAACCAGCUUGGCUUAUCGGAACAGGAAGGCCCGACCAGCGCCAUUAUUGCCGCUUUCCUUGCCCAGAAGGGGGCAUCGCUUAGUCAUAAGAACAAGCAGGGCAAGGCGGCGCUGGACUUGGUGACGGAUGGAAAGAUUGUAGAUCUGAUACAGAAAUUCUCCUCGCCAAGUGUCGAAGAAGAAGAAGAGGAGGAAAAAGUCGACUGUAUGGUUUGCUGCGAUGACAUCGCCACAGUCAAGUUUGAGCCGUGCAAUCAUAAGAUCGUCUGCAGUGACUGCUGCAUCAAGAUGAAGAAAUGCCUCGUCUGUCAGGAGAUUAUCGUUAGCAAGAUUGACCGAGAAAACAAGUUCAUUGAUCGUCAGCGCCCUGUUGACCAAGAAAACAACGCCACCAUACAGGAACUACAGAAACAAAUGCAGGAUAUGGAAGAUACGAUCAACUGCUCGAUUUGUCUUGAGAACAAGCGAAACGUUGCGUUCCUGUGCGGACACAGCGCGUGCUCGAUCUGUGCCAUGCCACUGAAGACAUGCCACAUGUGUCGCAAACCAAUUACCAAGAGAAUUAAUCUGUUUUGAAAUUGUGGGUGGAAAAA